UCGGCCGGCUCUAAUCCCCCUGUCCUCCCCUCGGCCCAGGUCCGGCAGCCAUGGCGGUGGAAGGAGGAAUGAAAUGUGUCAAGUUCUUGCUCUACGUUCUUCUGCUGGCCUUUUGCGCCUGUGCAGUGGGACUGAUCGUUGUGGGUGUAAUGGCUCAGAUCAUCUUGAAUCAGGCCAAUAUCCAGGAUGCCACCCCUGGCUGUCUGGUGCCUGUGGUCAUCAUCGCAGUGGGUGCCUUCCUCUUCCUGGUGGCCUUUGUGGGCUGCUGUGGGGCCUGCAAGGAGAACUACUGUCUUAUGAUCACAUUUGCCAUCUUCCUGUCUCUUAUCACGCUGGUGGAGGUGGCUGCAGCCAUUGCUGGCUAUGUCUUUAGAGAGCAGGUGAUGUCAGAAUUUAAUAAGAAGUUCAAGCAGCAGAUGCAGAGUUAUCCGCACGACAACCAAACGGCUUUAGUCCUGGACAAGUUGCAGGAGGAAUUUAAGUGCUGCGGGGCGGUUAAUUACACUGAGUGGGAGAUCAUCCCUCUCAAGGUCAACGGCUCAGUCCCUGACUCCUGCUGUGUCAAUGUCACUCAGGGCUGCGGGACUAAGCCCACCGAGAAGAGUAUCCAUACCGAGGGCUGUGUGGAGAAGAUUGGAGGCUGGCUGAGGAAAAAUGUGCUGGUGGUGGCUGCAGCAGCCCUGGGUAUUGCCUUUGUGGAGGUCCUGGGAAUCGUCUUUGCCUGCUGCCUCGUGAAGAGUAUCCGAAGUGGCUAUGAGGUGAUGUAGGGGGUCUGGUCUCUUCAGCCCCCUCAUCUAGGGGAAUGGAGUCCUAUACUCCAGGUUUUUCAAUUAAACGGAUUAUUUUUCCAGACC